AUGAUCCCAAAUAUUUUCUCUUUUUCUCCUACAAAUCUUGACCUCAAAAAUAUUAAUGCAACACUUCUUGAACGUUUUAUUAAUUAUCCAUCAUCACCAUCAUCGACGACUGUAAUAAAGAAUGAUACAACUAUUUUAAGGUUAAUAGGAGAAUUACAAGUUCAAGGCAGGACCUUUAGAACUUUAAGUAAAACUAGUGCAUCACAAUGUUAUCAUGAUAUAUCUCAAAAUUUAAAUAGAAUAUCUCAAGAUUUUCAAAUACAUAAAUCAACUUUAGAAAAAGAAUUUUAUAUUCUUAAUCAAGAAGUUGGAAAUUUAAGUAAUACAGCCAGUAAACAAAAAUUCAAUACUAUCAAGAAAGGAUUAAUGGUAGGAUUUGGAAUUGGAUCACUUUCUAAUGCUACACUUUAUUUUAUAUCACCUUCAUUAGAUGGAGGAUUAACAUUAUUCGCUACAAUAAUUACUGGAGGUAUAAUGGGUUGGUAUUGUGGAAAGAAAAUGAAUGAAAGAUUAAAAAACGAAAUCAAAAUAAAAUCAAGUGAAAUUAAAAAUUUAAAAAAUAGUACAAAUUAUAUCGAUUUAGUAGUUAAUGAUAUAAAUAAAUUUGAUGAAAAAAUUAUUAAACAUUCGAAAACUUUUUGGACGAGACAAUAG